AUGCCUCGCAAAUCCACACCGGCAGCACAUCCUCAACCCGCUACUACUCAUCCAUAUCCUCCCUCAUCAGCGCCAAUCGAGCGACUCCCCCUCGAGCUGAAACUUCGCGUAGUGUCUUACCUGUCUACCGCCGAUGCACACAAUCUAGCAUCAGUCUCAAAACCAUUACAGAAUGCAGCCGAAUCGGUCAUAUGGUCCAAGGUGGAUAUGUCUCUGCCCACAAAUUGGGAUAAACAGAUCCUGCUGUGGGAAGACAGUAUGCCAGAUUGGUGGGCGCAGCAUUCCCUCACACCGGAAAUGGAAGAUACCUUAGUAGAGUUCAAGUCAACUAUGGACAUGGAAGGAGGGUCUAUCGGUUGGUCAAGAGCUGAAGAUAGUGAUAUUUGCUGGAAUUUACGGAACCUCAAAUUCAUAACUCGGAUGAAACAAGUGUCAACAGCAUUGACAAGUCAUCCUUCUAGAGGUAAUUGGGUGAGGGAAUUACGUUUGGAAUUACCUCAAAUGCGUCAAGAUCGGUUAGAAGACAAGAGGACGCAAAUGGAUACUCUGAAGAAGAUUGUUGAAAUAGUCAGAGGGAAUCUUCGGAUAGUAAGAUUAGGAUCACCAGAGGUUAAUUUAAGAGAUGACUACUCCCAAACUCGGUAUCUUGACUCUCCAUUCUUUCUGGAUUAUAUCGGAUUGACCGAACGGAACGUUGGUAAAUUGCAUACGUUAGAAUUAGUCCUGGAAGGAUCGAUAUCUUUCCAGGCUCAGAUGGAGAACAUAGUCAAUAAGAUUGAAACUUCCACUAUCAAGAAGUUGGUCCUUAACCCUUCUUGGUCCGGUUCAUCUUGGUUCCCAGAUUCUAAUGACGAUCCCAUCCCUAAGACACCCUCACUCAAAACCCUCAAAACCUUGCAUCUAAACCACCUUCAUCCUCGCUCUGCAGAGGAGGCUUGCGGACUGAUCGGAUCCGCGGAUAGCUUGGAAGAACUCAAAGUGAGGUUUACGGAUGAUGGCGAAAGCGCUUGGGAUGUUUUUCACGAUCGGGCUAUCAAGACUUUUCGAGAACACAAGACGUUGAGGAGGAUUGAAUGGUAUGGUGGAUUGCAAGCCAGAUGGUGGUUUGAAAAGCUGGUUCAAAGUGGCUUUGACAAUGUCGAAGUGUUAGUGCAGAAUCAGGCAAUAGAAUGUGAGAGUGAGACGUUUAUCGAGAACACCCUCAUACCCCCCUUCUCAUCACUACGAACCAUCCUCAUUCCCUGUAGAACCCCCAAAUGGUACCGACACCUCUCACCACCAGAUUGGGCUAAAGCCCCACCACCUCGUAACUCGAUUUCUCCUCACGUCAUCUCACAUCUACUGGAAGCACCCAAUCUACUCGCAGUACAGUUCAGCAGUCUUUCUUCCUUAACUAUCAACGAGGUACUGGAUUCUUCACAAUGGUGCGACAAACGAGUUAAUGGGGUGCUCAUCCGAAGUUACAUCAACGAAAUAACAGGAGAGGAAUUGUUUCACUUUCGUCGACUAGAACUGUUGAUUGUUCAGCCAAAAAUAUACGACUCGACGUAUGAAGACAGAUAUGAUGGGAUGAAGGAAUGUAAAGGGGAUGAAGUAGAUCAUAGAUGGGUGGAUCAUACUUCCUUCAGGAACGCUACCGUACCUCCCCCUAUCCUGAAGAAAGUGUACAAGACAUCAGGUGAGAAAUUGGAUUGGACUACACCCGGAAGAGGGAUAUCAUUACCUGAGACGGCAUGGGAAGUAUUGCGAAGCUGGAGAGUGAAAUUACCUGAUAAAGGAUUAGAAGGAAGGAAGAUUGUAACGAGGAGAAUGGCUAGGGAUCUGCAAUAA